CACACUGUGAUUAAAUAAAUCUGUCUAAUUUAUAUUUUAAAAUGUUGAAAUAUUAAAAUGUUAUGAGCAAGAAUUUUAUACGCAAAAAUUUAACACACAAAAAAUCAACAAAAUGAAGCGGAAAUAAAUUCCACUUUGGUAUAAAAUCUUAGAUAAAACGAAAGAUGGGAGUUGAUAUAGAAACAUACAGAGGAAGGAUCGGAAGAUUUCGCCAUUCCCAAGGACUUGACGUGGUAACAAUUGUGUGCACAAUAAAUUUCCACAGAGGAAUGAGAGCAAUAGGAACCGUUGUUUUCAUUGGCGUUUUGCUUCUGAUAGCUGGUAUUGAAUCAAAUCCAGGGCCAACUACUUUAGGUUCGUGUACCUGUUCUUCUCGACCAAAAAAAAUAAAAGUGACCGGGUUACCAGAAAACAUAGAUGAAGAAGAUCUCAAUAAUCUCUUUGAAAACAAACGAAGGCAGGGUGGUGGAGAUGUAAGACAUGUUCAAGUUUUUGAGAGCCAAAGAACAGCAAUUAUUGAGUUUGAAGAGAGUGAAGCUGUUGAAAUAGUUCUUAAAAAGAGACCUAUUUCUAUCAAGAAAACAGAAGUUAGUGUGCAUAAUUUUCAUUCAUCUAAUACUGUGGAAGUCACGAACAUUCCAACAGACGUAUCAGUCGAAAGCCUCAAAAAGUAUUUCGAAGAACAAGCGUCUGAUGAGGACAGUAUUACCUGCAUCGUUAAGGAAGCUGACGUUGCCUUCGUGACAUUCAAAAAUGAAAAGAUAACAAAACAGAUUGUAUACAAGGAUCGUCACACUGUCGAGAAUCAUCGGCAACCCGUAGUGGUAAACUUCCAUGAUCCAGAACUGGUGCAUACAGAUGAAAUGAAUGUUACAGGUUCUUCAGAUCUAAAUAUUGGGAAUGCCAAACCAACAGCAUACAAGGAGUUGCAAAUUCAUGAAAAUGGACAGAAACGCAUUGUUCGAUUCGGAUCGAAGGGACAAUCGAAAUGA